AGUUUACGAGCAACACCAGAACGCACCAGAGCGGGGGCGGUGUUUGAAAAGUGUCCAGGAAGCUGUUGAACAAAACGAAACUGUACCAACUUUGACAGCAAGACUUUUCCAGCUCUUCUGUAAAUUGUUUGACAGGCAUUAUUUGGGUGAAAAUGCAGAGCAGUGCCUACGGGGCGUCGUUGGCUGGCGGUGCUUUUGAUUUAGUUCAUUUUGUAAAACAGCCUCAAACCAUUUUGCGUUGCCUGAGCUGGUUAUUCUCCAUUGUGGUGUUUGCAACCAUCACAGCAGAAGGCUACAUUAAUGAAAAAGACAAACAUGAAACAAAUUGCAUCUUCAACAAAAACGACAGCGCCUGUAGCUACGGGGUCGGAAUUGGAGUCCUGGCCUUCUUGGCCUGUGUUGUCUUCCUCAUGCUGGACGCCUACUUCCCGCAGAUCAGCAAUGUCAAAGAGAGAAAAUGUAUUGUUAUAGGAGAUUUGGUCUUCUCAGCGGCUUGGACGUUCCUGUGGUUCAUUUGCUUCUGUGUCCUGGCCAACCAGUGGGCCAAAACCGAUGCACCGGAGGUUGCUGUUGCUCCUGAUGCCGCCCGGGCCAUUGUGGCCUUCUCCUUCUUCUCCAUCAUCACCUGGGGUUUCUUGUUCUUCUUGGCAUUUGGAAGGUAUCGCCAAGGCGUCAGUGAAUUUGACCAGGAGUACAGAGACCCUGCCAACGACCACAGCACUCCAUACCCACCCACCCCGUACGCCAGCAGCAGCGGCCCCACGGGCUACCAGCAGUCGCCUUUCUCCCACAACCAGGAGCAGCCGGGAGAAUACCAGCCUCCGGCUUAUUGAAGGACUCAGAUUCAAACCUACGGAGCCAACAAGGGUUUUGCUUUUUAAAUAAAUAUGUGUGCGCCGAGGGUUUAAGUUAAACCGUUCUCUGCACUCGCAUUUACUUCCUGCAGAUUGGUUUGCAUAUUUUUUGGGUGCACUGUGUUUAUAGUUAAUCACAUUGUUGUAAGAGUUGGGGUGGAUGUUUGCUGUGUUGUUCAAAGUGCCACACAGAUCAGGGGAACUCAUAACAUGUAUUUUGUUUUUUGAAGGCAAUGAAUGAUUGUGCCAUUGUUGUCUUUGUGCCAAAGCAACUAUAGUUAUUUCUGUACCUGUUUCGUUGAUUUUAUGAGUGCAAGCUGUUGAUAUCCAAGCACUAAUCAACAAAUAGGUCAGGAUUUACUUUGUUGCAGGAAAAUCCGCUUUGCAUUUUAAGACAAAAAUAGUUUUUUUUGUAUGUAAUAUGUUACUGUUCAGUACGUAUUCUUUUUUUUUUUUAUUAUUACUUUCAGAUUCAUGAUACUGCAGUUCAACAAUUGUGCUAUACAGUUUUUUGACCACAAAAUAAUCCCAUAUUAUUUAAUCAAUAGGUGCAACGUAACUACUGUAAUGCCCUGUUUUUGUUUCUUACUAAUCAACCACUGAAAAAUGGCUUGUAUGCACUGAAAAGCACAAUUCAUUUCUUUGGGGCAGUUAAUUGCCAAUAUCUGAUCUAAGAAAGUUAAUUUUAAUGUUUUAAGUCCAGUUCUGCCACCAUUACUUUGUAGAAUUAAUAUUUAUGGAUGUUGUGUUUUAUUUUAAGGUAGCCAAACCAUUGAUUUGUAUCAGCUACCUCCCAUUGGAGAUGAAUGUGCCUUAGAGUUCACUUACUGUAGUUGUUAAAAAUAGGCCAUUCAGAAAAUGAUCCAGCCAAUUUGGUUUCAGGAAUUCAGUAAUGUAAAAUAAUAUAUUUAUAAUCUUAUUUAAUCCUUUUAGUCCAGGUACAUGACAAUCACACCAUUUUUUUUCUACAUUACUUUUUUUCUUGCUUUUCUUACACUGUAGUUGUACCUGUGUAUGUGCUGCAGUUACAAUGUUGUGCUCAAUGGCUUUACAACAAUUCCACAUUAAAGUGCCUUUAUACAGUAUUCUGUAUUACACAAGGGUUGCCAAAUAAAAACUCUUCUUUUUUU